GGAAGUAGUGAAACAGGCGCCAAACCCACAGUUACCAAUCGAGAAGCCAAAAUGACUGAGAACAUUGUUUGUCACAAGUGCCAGGAGGCCAUCACCAAGCGAAUGAUCACCGCCCUGGGCAAGACGUGGCAUCCGGAGCACUUCCUGUGCCGUCACUGCGAUGAGCAGAUCCUGGACGCCACCUUCAAUGUUCAGAGCGGAGAGCCGGUGUGCAACAAGUGCUUCGUGGAGCGGUACACCUACACCUGUGCCGGCUGCAAGAAGCCGAUUCUUGAAAAAACGAUCUGCGCCAUGGGGGAGAGCUGGCACGAGGAUUGCUUUUGUUGCGGCGGUGCCUGCAAGAAGCCGCUGGCCAACCAAACCUUCUAUGAGCGCGACGGCAAGCCCUAUUGCAAACAGGAUUACGAGGACCUCUUCGCUGCCAGGUGCGCCAAGUGUGAGAAGCCUAUAACGGACUCGGCGGUGCUCGCCAUGAAUGUGAAGUGGCAUCGCGAUUGCUUCCGGUGCAACAAGUGCGAGAAUCCUAUAACCUCGCAGACCUUUACCAUAGACGGAGACAAGCCCGUGUGCCCCGCCUGCAAUUGCUAAAAUAGUCCGAGAUCACCAUGGUGCAUCCUUGCUCUUCCCCCAAAUUGUUAAUUUGCUUCCUUACACUAAAGUUGAAAUAGUUCCCGAUGCUUAGUAAGCCUAGAGGCAUUCAUGAAAUCAGAUCCACACAUUUAACACACACACACAAACACUAAAUAAAAAGAAAAAAAGAAAUAA